CGUUAUAAUAAUAUUCAAAAAUUUACUUCUAAUGAGUUCACAUGGCGUCCUAAUAGAACCUGGUUAAUUCGGGAUGAUUCUUCAAAUUUGGAAGUAUUGGAAUACCAUAAUAACUUACAAAUUACAGAGACUCCAGAGAAUAAUUAUUAUAAUUUACUUACAGUUGAAGGAUGUGAUAUAGACAUAGAUCAAAAAACAUAUGUACCAAUUCUUCCUGGAUAUUCAAUUAUUACAAAUAUUGGAGGAUCAUAUAUUCGUUUUACUAUUAAAAAAAAUGAACAGAAUCUUUUGUAUUUUGCUUGGUAUGAUUAUGGCAAUGAUAGCACUUUAACAUCAGAAGAACAUUCUUACUCGGCUUCCAAGUAG